CUCAAUCCUUUCUCUCUCUCUCUCUCUCUCUGAUCCUCAUCAUAUACUACUUUGCUUGGAUCUGUAACACUGCGACGUCACUCAUCAAAACUUACCCUUCAUUUUUCUUUCUUCAUCUGCUACUCCCUCUGUCACAAGAAUUUCCGUCAAGAAUGCGAAGUAUCAGCUCACUGAAGCAAGAAUUCCUGAAGAAAUGGAUAUGGGGUCUGAGAAAAUAUUGCUCUCAGAAGAAAAGCAUGAACCUUUUGGAGAGAAAGAAAGCCAUAAAGCUGUCUGCAGAUUUAGCCAUGGCUUCCACCAGAAACAAAAGCACUCGCUGGAGCAGGGCCCUUAUUGCCAAUGCUUCAAGAGAUGACAACAACAAGGUCCUCGCGGAACACAUGAUAGGCUUAUCACAACAACAACACUGGCAGAGGGUAAGAAAAAGCUUCACCAACAGAAGGAUCAAAAACAGAAACAUCUUGAGAAGAAACCGUUCAGUUCACAGACCAAAGGACAGAGUGAUGGCGAGUUUCAUUGCCAAGAAGCUGGUCCAGAAGAGAACACGGAGGCUCAAGAGUCUGAUACCAGGAGGAGAAUUCAUGGACGAUUUGUCUUUGAUUAAAGAAACCCUAGAUUAUAUGCAAUCAUUGCGAGCUCAAGUUGAAGUAAUGAGAUGUGCUGUCACUGCUGCCUCGGAGCGGAUUAUGAAUCCAUCCUACAAGUGAUGGAGAAAAAGAGGCACUCCCAUUUAUACGUUAAGGCCAUGUACAGAGGUAAACAUAUAUGUAAGUCAAUCAAAUUAAGUUUUUAUUUUCAUCACGCUGCUCGAUCGGAAGGUAUAUUAAUAAGUUUCAUUCACAUAUGAUGUAUAUUUGCGUGUUUAUCUUUGAUUCGUCUAUUUUUCUUUUUCUUUUAUCAUCGAUUACAUGAGUCGGUGUUUGUCAUCGAACCGAAGUGAGGAAAUUGAUAACUCAUGUCAGCCAAAUUGAUCCAUGUUUGACAAUAAACAUCAAAUCCAACAAGUUUGCUAAUUAAUCUAUAUAUGCUAUAUAUGCCGGUUGUUUAUAUGUGUGGUUACGCCUCGAUUGUUACACAUAUAUCAUAACACUAAAUUAAAAUUAACUCGUUACUCGUGUAUAUACACUCAAUGAUCAGGGGAAAAGAGAAAGAGAGGCAACUCUGCGUAGGUAAUUCAAGGUUUCUAUAGUUGAUUUUGGUGAAGAAACGUUAUUCAUAUUUUGCACUAUUGAGGUUUAUGAGAAAAAAUUGUUUUGACGUGCACAUAUUUAACAAACGAAAGACCAAA